GGUGUAUCCCCACCACUCGUUCACUCGCCAGUCGCUUCGGAGCUGUUGACGAAGGUAGAACGCCAGUUGUGGAAUUUUAACGAUAAGUUUUGCCGUGUCGAGAUAACGAGUGAGUGAUUCUGGUGGUGUGAAUCGACGGGAAAUCACGCAGUAAAAAUACAGGGUAUUUUGUUGACUCGGUGGGGGAUGUGUUGAAGUGGGGGUGAUGUGAUUUUGGUGCGAAAAAUUGGAAAAUAUCGAGGAGUUUUGCACCUGGCUUGAUGGAUUUACUUUUAUUGUCGGUGUUGGUUGCGUCGAUGGACGAUUAAUGGACGGAUAUAGGAUUUUUCCCUGUAUUUGAUGGUGAAAACGGAAAGGAAGAAGCGUCUAUCCACGUCUCGCUCGCACACGCCAAACCGGCUGGCGUGAGUCUGUUUUACCGAUCGAAGGCUACAGUUUAUUCUCGUUUGUUGGAUUUCAUUGGUUACGAGUUUGUGUCGUUCACCGUCAGUCAAGCGUCGUAGAAUUUUUACAGCCUCUGGGGGAAUAAUAAUUAAUGCUGAAUGUUUAGAUUGUACGUGGGCUUUUGUGAAGGCCGUGUGAGUUAAAACGAAUGGCGGGUGAUUUGAAGUUAACGCUUUCUGGCUGUGACCCGUAGCGCCCCAAACUUGUGUAUGUAUUGUUGUGCUGUACGUGUGUUUGCGCAUUUAGCGCGCCAUUUCUCACCUCGAGUGUGAUUACCGCUUUUAUUUCCGUGGUAUAUUCGUUACUUGUGGAUUUAAGAGAGUGAAGUGCUGUGUGAUGAUGCGUGAAAGUGCCAAAAUAGGAGGAUAGUCUAGUGAACGUUUGAGGAUAUCGAAGUGUCGGACAAUUGGACGUAAAAACGCCUGAAGAAUGUAUCCCAGUACUGGAAUAAAUGCCGCUGCUGUUGCUGCAGCAGCGGCUGCACGCCACCCGGGACCACCCCAACCAGGUCAACCAUUUAAAUUCACCGUUGGUGAGUCCUGCGAUCGAAUCAAGGAAGAAUUCAAUUUUCUCCAAGCCCAGUAUCACAAUCUUAAACUGGAGCUGGAGAAACUCGCCCAGGAGAAGACGGAGAUGCAGCGCCACUACGUCAUGUACUACGAAAUGUCAUAUGGGCUCAACGUGGAGAUGCACAAGCAGACCGAGAUAGCUAAGAGACUUAACGGCAUCAUCGGACAAAUUUUACCUUAUUUAUCUCAGGAACAACAUCAGCAGGUUAUGACAGCUGUUGACAGAGCGAAACAGGUUACAAUGUCCGAGUUGAAUGCCAUCAUAGGGCAACAGAGACCGGAUUUACCCAGGUUACUGCAGCAGAUGCAUGCCCAACAAAUGCCACCUGGUGCUGCUAUGGGUCCACAUCCUGGUAUGCCUGGGUUAACUGGUCUUGGACCUGGUGCUGGAUUACCUGUACCAACUUCAGCCUCUGCUGCUCUGCUCGGUUUAGGUCUUCCACCUGGUGCUGGUGCUAAUCCUGCAGGUACUGCUGCACAUCCCCUGUCUAUGCUAGCAAAACCAGAACUUCAUAGGAGUCAGCCCGAUGAUUUAAAACCUAACGGUGGAUUGAAUCCCGCCGAGGAGAGGCAUAGAAACUCGAUAUCACCGGCGGAGAGAGAGAAGUACAGUAGACCGAGAAGUACUCCAGAUCCACAGCAUCAUGAUCAUAUGCUCCACAAGAAGAUGAAGAAAGAGCAGGAAAAGGAUCUGGGACACCAAAGUGAUGGCGAAAAGAGUGAUCAAGACCUCGUUGUCGAUGAUGCCAGUGAGGAGGCAACGAGUCCUGCCGCCAAUGGCACUUCAUCCCCACGAGAAAACGGACUUGACAAACUAGGCUCAUCAUCAGUAGGUCCAAUGGGUGGACAAAUGAAGAAAGAAGUUCCCCCACCGUCACCCCGAAGUGGAACAAGUAGUAAUGCCAGUACACCAUCCGCCAAGAAAAUGGAGGAGCGUGAAAAGCCGACGACACCUAUUUCAAAACCCGUGACACCAACAUCUGCUGGUGGCAGUAGUUCUGGAUCUGGUGGUCUCAAGGCGACGAGCUCGAAUAAAACCUUGGUAUCAGCAGCAUCGGCAGCAGCUGUUGGCCCUUAUCCCCACUAUCCACCACCUCAUCAUCCACCGGCUGGACCUCACGUCGACAUGCUGGCGUAUCAGCCUGGUGCACUCAACGGAUAUCCAGCUAGGCCACCACUUCAACAGCUCUACGAUCCCCACGGUACGAUGAGAGCACCACUUGGGCCACUUGGAGUGCCUGGCGGCAAACCCAGUGCUUAUAGUUUUCAUGUCGCCAGCGAUGGACAGAUGCUACCAGUGCCCUUUCCCCCUGAUGCCCUCAUUGGUCCGGGAAUACCGCGUCAUGCACGCCAGCUAAAUACUCUCACUCACGGUGAAGUUGUAUGCGCUGUCACCAUAUCCAAUCCCACAAAAUACGUGUAUACUGGUGGUAAAGGAUGUGUCAAAGUGUGGGACAUAGGUCAGGGUGCAGGUGGUAAUGCAAAACCAGUCUCUCAACUGGACUGUCUUCAGCGUGAGAACUAUAUAAGAUCAGUGAAGCUUCUGCCAGACGGUAGAACUCUGAUUGUUGGUGGUGAAGCGAGUAAUCUGAGUAUCUGGGAUCUUGCUAGUCCUACGCCGAGAAUCAAGGCAGAAUUAACAUCAGCAGCACCAGCUUGCUACGCCCUUGCCAUUUCUCCAGACUCCAAGGUCUGCUUCAGCUGUUGUAGCGAUGGAAAUAUCGCGGUUUGGGAUCUUCAGAAUCAAUCGCUGGUUAGACAGUUCCAGGGACAUACAGAUGGUGCAUCGUGCAUUGACAUAUCUGCUGAUGGAUCCAAACUGUGGACAGGGGGCCUUGACAAUACUGUCAGGUCAUGGGAUCUCAGGGAGGGAAGACAGUUGCAGCAGCAUGAUUUCAGCUCGCAGAUAUUCUCACUGGGAUAUUGUCCAACUGGUGAAUGGCUCGCUGUGGGAAUGGAAAAUUCUAAUGUUGAGGUUCUUCAUGCGACUAAACCUGACAAGUAUCAACUGCAUCUUCAUGAGUCAUGUGUAUUGUCGUUAAGAUUUGCUUCGUGCGGAAAGUGGUUCGUUUCCACUGGCAAGGACAAUCUGCUUAACGCCUGGCGCACGCCUUAUGGAGCUUCGAUAUUCCAGUCAAAGGAGUCAUCUUCAGUCCUGAGUUGUGACAUUUCCACAGACGAUAAAUUCAUUGUAACUGGAUCUGGCGAUAAGAAGGCUACUGUCUACGAAGUGAUAUAUUGAAGCGCCUCAAUAAAUUGUUCAUACGGUAAUUUAUGUAUAUUUGAAGUCGUACGCUUGUUAAGAUAUUUAUGAAUUUAACAUAUUGUGAGAGAAGAAUGUUGAGUGAUAUAGAUAACUAUAGCUGGACGACCUCUAGAGUAACAAGACGAAAAAUUCGAACCGGAUUUUCAUGUAGAAAAAAAAAAUCACAGGUGUAUACCUAAUUAUUGUGCUUAACUUGCGAGCUUUUUUUUACCUAACAUGUCAGGCUUAACGUUGUAAACUUCACGUUGACUGUCACCACCUUUGGCUCUUCCUCCCGUGAAGCCACGAUUUUUAUUGGCAUAAAAUUCGAGUCAGGGGGAGAAAAAUCAGACAGUCGGGGACAUAAUGACCUGAGGAGGGAGAGUAAAAGAUGAAUUUAAACAUGAACGAAUGAAUGAGUGGGAAAUUAUGAAAAGAACACGUCAGAUUACCUAGGGACUGAAGCCAUAAUUUUAAGCAUAUAAAUAUAUAAAUAUAUAUGUAGAUAUAUAUCUAGUUACGACGCUUGAACUAAUUGGAACUGUAGGGAGUGGAGAAUUAAUGAGAGAUCUGCUGCUGAAGAACACAUGUAUUAUAUAUAAAUAAUGAGGAAAGGCAGUGGAAAGUCGACGAGAGAUGAAUAUAACAAUGAAACAUUGAAAAAAUGGAUAUGAAAAUUUAAAAAAAUCAGCACAUCUUACUCAUUCAAAACCGCAAUGACGUAAAGGCCAGAAUUCAGCUAGAAAAAGAACUGUCAAAGCUGGAGAUAAUUAAAAACAGUAAAUAAAAAAAAAAGAAUUUAGUUUAAAAAGGGGGAGAAGGACGUGAAUAAACUUGAGAAUAUUUUUGUGACUCUCCCUGCAAUGUCAGGGCUGAAGAAACUUUUUAAAAAAUUUUGAAAAUACCAGAUGAGUAAUUGGAAAUCAACGUGAAUGAUACUGCGGUUUUAAUGAACGAUUUAUUUAUUGAUUGGCAUAAAUUGAUGAUUGAUUUACAUGUAUUCGUGAUAGACUCAUAAACAGCGCGUUAACUCGAGGCCUCUUGAUAGGGUAUUAUUAAAUUAACGAUGAUGCCAAGCAUGUGAUACAGAUUACAUACCGAAUAUUUAUAUUUUGUUACAGGAUAAUAAAACAAAACCUACACAAUUACACUGCUAUGGUCACGGUCAGGCUCUCGCGAUUAUUCUCGUGGAAUAUUAUUUAUUGAGAGAAUUCACUGUUUCGGGGGGUUAGGGGAGAGCUUCGGUGGCCACAGCUCCGAUAAAAAAAAAAUAGACCAAUAGAAACAACAAUACCUCAUGAAGACUCAAUAGUUUAUUGUUCAGCUGAAACGAAUCAACGUGUACAAAUGCGAAUAUUCUUUUAUAAAUUGGGAGAUAAAGUCAGUGAUAACUGCCCACUUUAUCCUUUUGGGAGGAGCAAAGUAUCACAGCUCGCAUUAUCCGGAAUAAAAUUGUAAUACUGAUACGAGAUCGAAAAAUACUGAAUGAAAUAUGUGAAUUGUAUUGCAAAUUACUUGUCAAGCACGUGUCACAUGUUGUUCCUAAUGAAUUUUCACCGGAAAUUGCAUUCAAAUUUUUAGUCACAAUCUGGUAAACUGUAUUUUCUUCGAGGUGUUCUCCGUUAUUUGUUAUAAUUUUUGUAACGUCAGGGGAGAUUAGGGGAGUUUAGGUGGAGCGAAUAAAAUGAUACGAUCUUUCAAAAUUUUUAGGGUAGAUGUAUUUUACCAUUGGAAGUAUAAUUUGUAUUUUGUACAAAAGGAAAAAAAUGAACAAAAAAAAUGGAUACAAGUUAAUUUCUCAAGGAAUUUUAAUGACGCAGAGAGGAUGAAUCUCGAGAAAUCGUAAUACAAGAAAUUGAUAGUAA